CCCCCGCCCCUCUUGGUGAAGUGGUGAAAGGAGGAGGCAAAGAAAUUGCUGAGUCACCGCCCGCCGCGUUGACGAUAUCACCACGGCUCUUUCUCUCCUUCCUCCGGCGGACGAGCGGGCGCGUGCCCGCACCAGAGAACAAGCGAGGGAGCGAGCCAACAACACAGACCGACCAACCUCCCUCCCCUUCCCAGUGAUCACGUGUCCCUCUGCUGCCGGGACGGUCACCGCCACCCGCAUAUACACACAGAGACACCAGCCGCCGCUGCUGCCGGCUUCCUCAGAGCUUUCUCGCUUCCGCUGUCGCCGUACGGCGCGUGAGGGAGUGAGGGGCCGCUUCAUCCUCAGGGAGCCGCGGGGGGCGGCAGGCGGCGGCUGCUUAAGAGAAGAGAAAGAGAAGUGGAGGAGAGAGAAGUAGUGUCUCUUCCACCACCCCCUCCGCUAUCCCAGGGUGGAUUCUCCUCCUGACUCUUCGGCUUUUCCCGCCGCCUGAAGUAGUUCUUGUGCCUCCUCGCCUUCUCAAGCACCUACGGCUGCUCCCGCCGCCGCCAACCUUUCUGCCCCUUUCCUUGCUGUAGCUGCCUUCUCUUUCUCUCUUCUCCCCCGCUUCCCCGAGGACUAUGGGGCUUCUGUCGCAGGGCUCCCCGCUGAGCUGGGAGAAGACGCAGCGGCACGCGGAGCACGUGCGCAAACACGGCAUCCUCCAGUUUUUGCAUAUCUACCGGGCCGUCGGGGAGAGGCACAAGGACGUGCUCAAGUGGGGGGACGAGGUAGAAUACAUGUUGGUAGUUUUUGACCAUAAAAAUAAGAGGGCACAAUUGUCCUUAACUGGAGAAGAAGUUCUUCAUACUCUGCAAGAAAAGGGUGAAAGAGUAAACCCAAACCAUCCAACUCUGUGGAGGCCUGAAUAUGGAAGCUAUAUGAUUGAAGGGACUCCUGGACAGCCAUAUGGAGGAACGAUGUCUGAAUUUAACACUGUGCAAGACAACAUGAGAAAGCGACGCCAGGAAGCUGCUUCUGUGCUGAAACAAAAUGAAGCUGUUUGCACUGUCACAUCAUUUCCAAGAUUAGGCUGUCCAGGAUUUACAAUACCAGAGUGUGUCCCGACACCUGUUGAAGCAGGAGCCUCCAAGUCUCUCUUCUUCCCAGAUGAAGCUAUCAACAAACAUCCCAGGUUUAGUACUUUAACAAGAAACAUUCGACACAGAAGAGGUGAAAAAGUAGUGAUAAACGUACCAAUAUUUAAGGACAAGAAUACUCCAUCACCCUUUAUAGAAGCAUUCCCUAAUGAAGACGGUGAAGCAGCAAGAGCAGCCAAGCCUGAUCAUGUAUAUAUGGAUGCAAUGGGGUUUGGAAUGGGCAAUUGCUGCCUCCAGGUAACAUUCCAAGCUUGCAGCAUUUCUGAAGCAAGAUACCUUUACGAUCAGCUAGCCACAAUCUGUCCUAUUGUGAUGGCAUUAAGCGCUGCAGCUCCAUUCUACAGAGGCUAUGUGACAGAUAUUGAUUGCCGUUGGGGAGUAAUAUCUGCAUCAGUAGAUGAUAGAACGAGGGAGGAGAGAGGAUUGGAGCCAUUGAAGAACAACCGCUACAGAAUCAAUAAAUCCAGAUAUGAUUCCAUAGACAGUUACCUCUCUGAAUGUGGUGAAAAAUACAAUGACAUUGAUUUGACGGUAGAUACAGAAAUCUAUGAGCAGCUAGUAAAAGAAGGCAUUGACCAUCUUUUGGCCCAACACAUUGCUCACUUAUUCAUUCGUGAUCCAUUGACUCUGUUUGAAGAGAAAAUACAUCUGGAUGAUGCAAAUGAAUCUGACCACUUUGAGAAUAUUCAGUCAACAAAUUGGCAGACAAUGAGAUUUAAGCCUCCUCCUCCAAAUUCAGAUAUUGGAUGGAGAGUUGAGUUCAGACCAAUGGAGGUCCAGUUAACAGACUUCGAAAAUUCUGCGUAUGUUGUGUUUGUGGUGUUGCUGACCCGAGUCAUUCUCUCAUACAAACUGGAUUUUCUCAUUCCUUUGUCCAAGGUGGAUGAGAACAUGAAAGUAGCUCAGAAACGGGAUGCUGUCCGGCAGGGUAUGUUUUAUUUCAGAAAAGACAUCUGUAAAGGUGGCAAUGCUGUAGUGGAUGGAUGUGGCCCAGCUCAAAAUGGUACAGAAACAGAUAGUGAAGAGUAUACCUUAAUGAGCAUAGAUACAAUAAUCAAUGGAAAGGAAGGCGUAUUUCCUGGAUUAAUUCCAGUUUUAAACUCUUACCUUGAAAAUAUGGAAGUGGAUGUGGAUACAAGGUGCAGCAUUCUAAACUACCUGAAACUAAUUAAAAAGAGAGCAUCAGGAGAAUUGAUGACAGCUGCUCGAUGGAUGCGAGAGUUUGUUGCAAACCACCCAGCAUACAAGCACGAUAGUGUAAUUACUGAAGAAAUGAAUUAUAGCCUGAUUUGGAAAUGCAACCAAAUAGCUGAAGAGGAAGUUGAAUGCCCUGAACUGCUUGGAGUCUGCUUUAACAAAGUAAAAUACAGUGGAACUAAAACUGGCACUUUUUGAUGAAAGGCUUUAAUCCAGUGAGUGAGGUAUAAAACACUCUCUGCUGAAGCACCAGUUGCAAUACUGGUGAAUGUCUGCAGUUUCAUAGUGUGAAGACCAAAAAUGGUUCUACUGCACUAUAAGAUGGGCCAAUCUGCCUAAAUAUUCUCUUAAAACUUCCUACAAUAGGCAUAUUCUUCUAUUUAAGGUUUAUACUGUGUACAUGUAAAUAGUAAAAUAUUUUUGAUUUAACAUCAAUGUUUUUUAAUAACAUUAUACUGAAACUCAUAGUGAAACAACUUGUAAUUUUUAUAUACUUAUUCUGGGGAAAAAAGUCAAUGUCUCAAACAGCUUUGUAAAGGUACUGUAUUGGUACUUGUAUAUUAUUCAGCAUUCCGGACAUUGAAUGUUUACUCUGACUUUGGUUACCUGGAAUGCACUGAACUAUCUACUGUAUUUUAAAGAAAAAUUCAGAACCUGAUUCACAUUGAUAUUUUUCCCCAUUCUGCCAUGAAAAGAUGAUGGCAGUCCUGAUCCUACUUGGAAGUCACACUGACAUCAGUGGAAUCAGGUUUGUGGUCAAGCAGCCCAGUUCUCAAACUUGGAUUUAAGUAGAUAGUAGUCCUGUGCUGUUAGUGGGAUAUGAUUAAGGUAAAAUACUUCCUCCUUUCCUAGGUUGGAGUGUAAAUCAGUAUGUUCCUAUACUGAUUGUGCUUUCACUCUUUCCACAAGUCUCUGUCACCUUCAGUCAGUAGCAUCAUGUCACUGAUUUCUUGAUUGCUUAUAGCUAGAGCUUCUGUGGAGUUGUAGCUAAAUAGCUUGACACUGAAAAGUAAUGGCACAAACAUCCUCUUUGCUCAAAGUUUAUAGAAGUACCUUGUUUUUACUUAGUGUUACUUUAUUUUAAAGUUACCAUGACUCCAUUAUGUUCACACUUCAUUAUUGUUUCUUUACCCAGUUUAUGAGUGGUAUCCAAUGGUGACUGCUACCUGAUCACAUGGGUCAAUCAGCGGAAUGGGGAAAGAGGCAAUUUUUUAUGAUCCCUUUUCUUCCCUCCAGCACCCCAUGACACCCACCCAUGCACAUAUGGCCCAGACGGUCCUCCAACCUUCAAACAGAUUGGGAAGAUGUGGCUCUGCAGGGAGGAAGGGGGAUCGCCAAAAAUUGCCUCUCCAUUCUGCUGCUGGAGCUUUCCCAUCAGUGGGUGGUCACCAUUGGAUACCAUCCUGUGUUUCACCUGGGCAUGAGAUCUGCUGCCAUGGCAGAUGAGCAGGCAGGUAAUCCUGCUAUACUCAUAAUACGUGGUGCGGACUCUAUUGCGUAUCCAUAGAGGCCCAAAUAAUACAUUUCUUCCCGCUUUGAAAAGUUGAAAUAAAAACAAGAACUUCAAUUCUAUCAAAAGGCUGGACUUGAAUGUGGCAUUAAAAUAAGAAGCUAUCAAAUUGCAGCAAAUACACAAACUGCAAGAUUGGAUUAGUUUUUUGCAACACAACUUAAAUGUGUCCCUGAUUUCUUAUAAUCUGUAUCCUCUUUUAUAUAUAACAACUUAACUCAAGAAAAAUCAUGGAAUGCACUAAUAUGUCUGUGAAUCAGGAACCUGAACCAUAAAGGAAUUGUAUAGAAUUUAAAAAUAAAGCCAAUUGCUGCGAUUUGUAUAUAUAACCUGAAAUUUAGAGGAAAGAUGAGGCUUUUUAAUAUUAGCUGCUUAAAGUAAGAGUACAGUAAGACACUUUUACUGUAUGAUAGGUUAUGAAAUACUUAAUAAGCAUGUAUAAAUGCCCUAAGGUGUAAUGACUUACAAAGAGCCAAUGGAAAAGUUGCAGUAAAACUGCAUCACUAACUGUAUGCCUGUAGAGAGAUUAGAACCUGUACGGUGUUCAUAGGUGUGUGCUAGGAAAUACUUGUUUCAGGUGGUAAAUGAGAUGGCUCACUAAUCUGUGGAAUGAACAAAAAUUGCAAUAUAUUGUGUAUGUCUGAGUGUAAAUCUAAUUCAUAGACAUAUUUUCCACAGAAGUUGAAA